GACCCCUGUUCUACACUAUGCUGUAAUGGAUAUCCCUGUGAUCUGCCGGUGACCUUUUGGAGGCCCCCCAAAAUACCUGUUGUGUCCCACUCCUCCUCUGACGGCCGGGUCUGGGAAGUCUGUAUUCAGCGUGGCCACGAAGCCUCUGCAGCUUUGCCAAAUUCCUGUCAGAGUUCUCAGGGCAGGCAGGAAUCCAAGGUGUGACUUCAGCAACCAGAUGAGACUUUGCCUGACUCAAGGAAUGCCAAAAAGCAGAUCAUUUAUAUAGGCCAUGGGGUGUGGCUCCAUGACUCAGCACUUAUCCAGGCCUUUCCCUCCCUUCCUUUUGCUGACGUCGCCUCUCCAUUCUCCGGAAGUGGGGAUCUGUCCACGUUUUGUCCUCCUGCUCAGCUGCCGGCAAGUCUAGCUCGUGGCUGGCUUCUUGCUCACACGCUGUGGGAGACUUCCUAGUCUUGAACAGCCAAAAAUGAGCACACCAAAAAAAGCAAGAACAGAUAGUGGAAGUUCAUUCCAAGAGGCCUGGACGGAGUCAUUUGGAGUGAUUGAACGCAAUGGGAAAGCGUUAUGUAUUCUCUGUAAUGAAAGUGUUAUGUGUCACCCAUCAAGCGUCAGGUGGCACUUUGACACCAAACACAAAAGUGUCGCCAAACUUGAGGAAACUGAAAGAACAAAUCUGACAGCUGCCAGUUUUCAGAUUUCACUGUGUAUAGCGAAACAUGGUAAGUCCCUUUCCGAUGGGGAUAUUAUCAAAACGGCCCUAUUGUCUGGGUGUGAUUCCCUUUUCCAUGAUUUCCCAAACAAGGACAAAAUUAUUCGACGCAUCUUUGAGAUGCCGCUUGGCAGAGAUACUGUUGAAGAUCGAGUCCAGCGCAUGGCAAGUGAUGUUAGCCAGCAGCUCACCACUGACUUACAAAAGGCAGCCUGUUACUCCAUGUGCUUGGCUGAAAGCACAGAUGUAAAUAAUCGUGCAACACUAGCAGUCAUUUUGCAUUAUGCCGUUGGUGACGUCAUGAGAGAAGAGUUGGUGAAACUGGUGUCUUUGCCUGAAAGAACACGAGGGAUAGAUAUCUACAAAGCUGUGAUGGAGGCUUUUUUGUCUCAAGACAUAAGACCAGAAAAAGUUGUUUCAAUUACUAGCGAUGGGGCACCUUCUAUUGUGGGGGCAACAUCUGGUUUCAUACAGUUGUUUGUUAAAGAAACAAAGCAUCAAGUCAUUCCGUUCCAUUGCAUUAUACAUCAAGAGGCUCUUUGUACCAGGGAAAGCAGCAGAAAAAUUGACGAUGUCCUCAAAUAUGUCACAGAAAUGGUGAAUUACAUCAUGGUUCGUGCUCUGAAUUUUCCACAAUUUCAAGCACUUCUUGAGCAGGUUCAGGCACAGAAUAAUUGUUUACUUAUGUACAAUAAUGUCCGGUGGAUGAACAGAGGAAGAGUCCUGGAGAGAUUUGUAGCCUGCUUGGAUGAAAUUAGGCUGUUUAUGAAUGAAAAAGGGCAGGAAUAUCCACAGCUCACUGAUACGGCCUGGCUUACCAACCUCACGUUUUUUACAGAUUUUACACUACACUUCAGUGUACUGAACAAACAACUACAAGGUGUAGGGAGAACAGCAGAAAGGAUGUUUUGUGAUAUCAAAACAUUUGAGAGAAAACUGGAGGUUUUUGAAAGAGACGUUGAAAGUGGGCAGCUGAAAUAUUUCCCAAAUCUAAAAAUGCAUUUAGAAAAGUCUACAACACUUGCAGACAAUCCUCCAAGCCGUCAGGAAAUCUGCAAGGAAUUUUCUAGCGUUGUAGCAGCUGCAAAGGUGAAUUUUAGUAACAGGUUUAUACAAUUCCGUAAGAUGGAGACGACCUUGGGUUUUCUUACUUCUCCAGAUAAAGCUGAAUUUGAAGAACUUGAUCUUUCCUGCUUACACUGGUUAGAUUUAGGAAAUCUGGAAAUGGAGCUAGUGGAAUUUCAAGAAAGCUCUAUGUGGAAAAAUAAAUUCUAUAGCCUGCGUCAAACACUUGAGAAGAUAGAAGGGGUGACAAAGGACAGCACAGUUAGUUCUGAAAAUGAAGUCCUUAAAGUGUGGAAUUCUCUGCCAGUUAAUUUUAAGUCAAUGAAAGCACUUGGGAUUGCUUUCCUUACUUUGUUUGGAUCAUCUUAUGCUUGUGAGCAGCUGUUUUCAGCUUUGAAUUAUAUCAAUUCUGACACCAGAAGCAGACUAACAGAUGACCUGAGGGCUGCAUGCGUUGCUCUCAUACUUACAAAGUAUGAGCCAAGGUUAGACAAAUUAUCAGCAUGCACACAGCAGCAAAAAUGGCAGUAAUUGGUCAAAAGCAUGCCAGAUGCAAACUGUUACCUUUCAGUAAAAAGUUGUUUGUAUCAUUGAAAGCUCUAUUAUUGUGGUUUUUUUUUUAUUAAGACAAAAGAUGUUAAUCACGGAUGAGCUGUUUUUUCUAAACUAAAACCUCAGUAUUCAGGUUAUUGCCAUGUUGGCACUCUGCGAUAAAUAAGUAGGUUUUGGGUUGCAAUUUGAGCAGUCAGUUUCUAAAAAGUUCGCCAUCACUACCCUAUACCAUUCUGGACAAACGGUUGCCCAAUUUCUUCUUAAAAAUCUCAAGCGAUGAACAGGAGGCAAACUGUUCCAUUGAUUAACUGACAAACCGUACUUUGCUGACAAACCGUACUCAACGAGUAUUCCUUAAUGGUACUGCAUCUAUAUGGAGAGAAAUAAGCAGUGUAUACAGCAGUGGUUCCCAACCUUUUCUUGUUUGAGGCACAACCUUUUCUUGUUUGAGGCACCCUUGGAAAGCCUUUCAAAAGUUCCCGGCACCCUUAUAAGGAAAUAGAUAUUUAAAAUCUCUGUAGCUCAAAAGUUCCCGGCACCCUUAUAAGGAAAUAGAUAUUUAAAAUCUCUGUAGCUCAAAAGUUCCCGGCACCCUCAAAAGAUCUCACGGCACCCCUUAGUGCCGCGGCACACUGGUUGGGAACCACUGGUAUACAGUGUACUUCAUAAACAAUUUAGAUGAGGGAAUAGAAGGGGAAUUUACCAGAUUUGCGGAUGAUACUAAGCUGGCAGGAAUAGCAAACACCCCAGAUGAUAGGCUCAAGAUCCAGAUGGAUCUUGACAGACUUGAACACUGGGUCCUAUCUAACAAAAUGAAAUUCAGUGUAGAGAAAAGUAAAGUCUUACACUUAGGCAAGAAAAACCAAAGGGACACAUAUAAACUGGGGGAAACCAGGCUUAACAGCAGUAACUGUGAGAAGGAUCUUGGAGUCUUAGUGAACAACCAAUUAAAUAUGAGCCAACAGUGUGCAGCGGCAGCCAAAAAAGCCAAUAUAAUCCUAAAUUGCAUUAACAAGAGAGAUAAUCAAAAUCAAGAGAGGUACUAAUACCACUAUACAAAGCCUUAGUAAGACCACACCUAGAAUACUGCAUCCAGUUUUGGUUACCACUAUAAAAAAGACGUUGAGACAUUAGAGUGCAGAGAAGAGCAACCAAGAUGAUUAGGGGACUGGAGGCUAAAACAUACGAUGAAUGGUUGCAGGAACUGGGCAUGGCUAGUCUAGUGAAGAGAAGGACCAGGGGAGACAUGAUAGCAGUCUUCCAAUACUUGAGGGGCUGCCAGGGAGAGGAGGGGGUCAAGCUAUUUUCCAAAGCACCUGAAGGCCAGACGAGGAACAAUGGAUGAAAAUUGAACAAGGAGAGAAUCAACUUGGAAAUAAGGAGAAAUUUUCUGACAAUGAGAGCAAUCAACCCAUGGAACAGAAGUUGCCUUCGGAAGUUGUGGGAGCUUCAUCACUGGAAGCUUUCAAGAAGAGAUUGGAUUACCAUCUAUCAGAAAUGG